CUGAUAUCUUCUUAUAAAAAUCAUUUUAUGUGACAUUAGACCCGGUCAUUAACCCAAACCCCUCGACCAAUCAUGUAAGGAUCUGCCAUGCAUUACCCACAUGUCUUGGUCGUGCCACUUCACGUUCCUCCCGCCUACCCUCCCGUGAUCCGCCGUCAUCAGACCGGUUCCCUCCUUCGGCCUUCCAACUACCGACCUCUCUCUCCAUGUGGUCCCCUCGUGCUCGGAUCGGCGGUCAACCAUGCCGCCCCCAUAGGUUCAGGGUUGUGGUUUCCAAAGCUGCAGCGCGCUGCCCAUCGAUCACCCUUGACCUGACAGACCGAUCCGUGUGCUUCGCGCCGUGUAUUCACGUGUUGCUCGUUUCUAGUAUCACCCGCGGAUAUCAUGUGGCGGUUAUCCUCCAUACUCUAUCUCCCGGACAUGGUACACCAAAAAUGUAAUCCCGUGGACCCAUAUGGUUCGACUGCCGUAAUCUUUGGUUCCUACGCCGAUCACGAUCUAUCCUUCCUCUUGACAAUCUCAAUUUGGUCCGUUCAUUACCUCCACCAUCGUCCCUAUCUAAGUAAAUCUGUACUCUAUCCCCACCCGCCUUAUUCGGCGCGAAGGUACCUGAAAGUCGGCGGCGGUGCUCAACUUGUCUUCAAAAUGAUCAGCAUUCUCCACAUUAAGCAUCCCCCCGCGGAAAACACACAAGUCUCCAAGCAUCACUCACUUCCCGAUCCCGUUCCUCCCCCCCUGCCACCACAGAUUGAUCUCUCUCUCCUUGUUUCGUCACCUCCGGGGGAGUUUCAGGAGCCAUCACAACAGCUGUGGGUACCUGAUGCCAUUCAGAUCCGCGGAAAAUAUCUGCCCACAACUCUGCUGACUCAGUCAUACUUUGUCUGGCGAAAAAAAAUCAUUCGAUGGGAAGCUGUAACACAAACGUGUCUCCCUCUCGUCACCACCAGCGGCGAAUACAUGCCACAUACAUUGUGCUCUAAGACGUUAGCUGCUCUCCCACCGUUUGUUCCGCAUACGGAUCAAGUUCUAGCAUGCAUGACUGCCACACGAGACGCCGAUUAUUCAUUAACUUCGUCAUCCGAAGCGCCGUUCAGUGCGUCAUGAACCAAGCUUGGUAUUUCAACCCGAUCGAGAGCAGCCAUGCUUCUGUUGUCUUGCGUUAUGGCUUGGCAGGUGGCAGUCCGCUUUCAACGGUUCGUCUUUGUAUAACAGCACGGAACGUUGUGUAAUUUGGGUUCAACGUUGUGAGUAAGGAAGCCUCCUGUAAAUUUCUCGCGUCCUCGUCGUGGCGAGACUGUAAAAUGCUGUGACAAGCGGACUGGGCAAAGUCGGUCGUUCGAGGCGCUGCAAAUAUUAAUGUUGUAUAUCUGACGCACUCCGAGGUCGUCGUGGCGCAAGGUUGGGUCUCGCUAUGCAAGUGG